AUGGUGCGGAUUCAGAGGAGGAAGCUUUUGGCAUCUUGCCUGUGCAUCACAGCUACCAUCUUUCUGCUUGUCACACUCCAGGUGGUAGUUGAGCUGGGAAAAUUUGAAAGGAAGAAGUUUAAAGGUUCCAGUUUGCGAGACGGGCAUGCAAAAGUGGAAGAAGAGCCUACACAUCUCUACCCUUCCCCUAAGAAAGACGCUCUGGUCCUGAAUAGGAAAGACCCGAUGGAAACGGAUAGCUACCCCAUCAUGCUCUGGUGGUCCCCACUGACUGGGGAAACGGGCAGGGUAGGCCAGUGCGGAGAAGAGGCUUGUUUCUUCACCAUCAACCGGACCUAUCUCCAUCAUCCCAGGACCAGAGCAUUCCUCUUCUAUGGUACUGACUUUAGCAUAGAUAGCUUACCUCUUCCCCGGAAAGCCCAUCAUGACUGGGCCCUUUUUCAUGAAGAGUCUCCCAAAAACAAUUACAAGCUCUUUCAUAAGCCAGUCAUCACUUUGUUCAACUACACUGCCACAUUCAGUCGGCAUUCCCACCUGCCACUCACCACCCAGUACCUGGAGGGCAUAGGAGUCCUGAAGUCACUCCGAUACCUGGUCCCUUUGCAGUCUAAAAACAACCUUCGGAAAAGACUCGCUCCGCUGGUGUAUGUGCAGUCCGACUGUGACCCACCAUCAGACAGGGACAGCUACGUUCGAGAGCUGAUGACUUACAUUGAGGUCGAUUCCUAUGGCGAGUGUUUACACAACAAAGAUCUCCCUCGGCAGCUGAACAAUCCAGCCUCCAUGGAUGCCGAUGGCUUCUAUAGGAUCAUUGCACAGUACAAAUUCAUCCUUGCUUUUGAGAAUGCGAUUUGUGACGACUACGUCACUGAGAAGCUCUGGAGACCUCUGAAGCUGGGGGUAGUCCCUGUGUAUUAUGGAUCCCCCAGCGUCACCAACUGGCUUCCCAGUAAUAGAAGUGCUAUUCUCGUAUCAGAAUUUUCUCACCCUAGAGACCUGGCAACUUACAUCCAGCAGCUGGACUCUGAUGACAGACUGUAUGAGGCUUAUAUGGAAUGGAAGCUGAAGGGUGAGAUCUCCAACCAGCAACUCCUCACAGCUCUCAGGGAACGAACAUGGGGAGUGCAAGACAUCAAUCAAGACAACUACAUUGAUACAUUUGAAUGCAUGGUGUGCAGCAAGGUGUGGGAUAAUAUUAGGCUUCAGGAAAAGGGCUUACCACCUAAAAGAUGGAAGGCAGAUGUUACGCACCUGAGCUGCCCGGAGCCCACCUUGUUUGCAUUCUCACCUGAGGCUCCCCGUCAGAGGUCUGCUCGAGAGAUGUGGAUCCCCAGCUUCCAACAGUCCAAGAAGGAAGCCCAGGCCCUAAGGUGGCUGGUCGAUAGGAAUCAAAACUUUUCAGCUCAAGAGUUUUGGGGCCUAGUAUUCAAGGACUAA